UUUCGUUCGAGCGAUCAAGCGGAACGAAAACUGAGCCGAGUGUCAACUGAGAAGGCACUUUCAGCGAAGAGCAAAAUGGCAGGAAGUAACCGAGACAUCCUUUAUCUCUUUGAUCGUCCGGCGGAGCCCGUUUUCGUUCCAAAGGGCGACAGUGAAGUAGUUUUCGAUAUUCCAGCGAAUUAUUUGAUCGACAGAUAUCGGCCGGUAGCUGGUUCCAUUUUCAACCGAUUUAACGAUGCUACCGAGUCGAAAAUACCGGUGAAGGAGAUAAGCAUUCCUGACUUGAGAAUACCCCUGCAACUCGGGAGACGCGAGCCAUUCUCCUUGUUCAUUCCAGCUCAUCGUAAGAUGGCUGGCCGACUGAUUGACAUUUUCCUCGGGAUGCGAACGUACGAGGACUUUUUAUCGGUCAGCCUCUACUGCCGGGAUCGGAUCAAUCCAAAUAUGUUCAUCUACGCUCUGUCCGUUGCCAUUCUCCAUCGGCCUGAUACCAAGAAUCUUCCGAUUCCAUCGCUCCACGAGGUAUUCCCGGAUAAAUACAUGGACGGUGGAAUUUUCUCCCGAGCCAAGGAGGAGGCUAAUGUUGUGCCUGCUGGAUCACGUAUCCCGAUCGAGAUUCCCCUUGAUUACACGGCGUCAGAUUUAGACGAGGAACAUCGUGUGGCAUAUUGGCGUGAGGAUGUCGGCAUCAAUCUUCAUCAUUGGCAUUGGCAUCUGGUUUAUCCCUUCGACGGUGACAGAAGCAUUGUGAACAAAGACAGGCGUGGGGAGCUGUUCUACUACAUGCACCAGCAGAUUAUGGCCAGAUACAACACUGAGCGUCUGUGCAACCAUUUGCCACGCGUGAAGAGGCUGAAUAAUCUUCACGAUCCAAUUCCGGAGGCUUACUUCCCAAAACUCGACUCGCUAGUUUCCAGCAGGACUUGGCCAUCGCGUCCAGCUGGCGCAAAACUCUACGACAUAAAUCGAACAGUCGACCAAGUGCGAUUCGACCUCGAGGGCAUGGUGAGAUGGAGGGAUCGCAUUUACGAAGCCAUUCACACGGGCUCGUUCAUGAAUGCCCAGGGCGAGAGGGUGCAACUUACUGAGAAGGGUGGUAUUGAUGUUCUUGGUAACAUGGUUGAGGCCAGCAUUCUGACACCCAAUGACAAUUUAUACGGCGAUCUCCAUAACCUCGGACAUGUCGCUAUCGCUUACUGCCACGAUCCCGAUCAUCGGUAUUUGGAAUCGUUUGGAGUGAUGGGUGACUCGGCAACAGCCAUGAGAGAUCCUGUAUUCUACAGAUGGCACGCCUUUAUCAAUGACAUCUUCCUGGAGCACAAGACUACUCUACCUGCAUACGAGCGCAAUCAGUUGGAGUACCCGGGAAUUGAGAUCUCAGGACUUCAAGUGGCCACCCCCAACCAGACUCCCAAUAUCUUAAUGACUUUUUGGAAUAAGAGUGACAUUGAUCUCUCCAGAGGUCUCGAUUUCACACCUAGGGGGCCAGUACUCGCUAGAUUCACUCAUCUCAAUCACGCAGGCUUCACUUACACGAUUAAUGUCAAUAACCGUGGAAACAAUAAUCAGAUGGGAACCGUCAGAAUUUUCGUCGGCCCAAAGAACGACGAACGCAACGUUCCCUUGAACAUUCGCGAUCAACAGCAACUCAUGAUUGAACUCGACAAAUUCACUGUUACACUACGUCCCGGCCAGAACACGAUAACGAGAAACUCGAAGGACUCAAGCGUGACAAUUCCAUUCGAGAGAACUUUCCGUAACCUGGACAGCAAUAGACCAACUGGUGGUGAUAGCCUUGAACAAUUCAACCUCUGUGGAUGUGGAUGGCCACAGCACAUGCUUGUACCAAAAGGCAAUGUCCAAGGAUUCCCCAUGUACUUAUUCGUCAUGGUUUCGGACUUCGCGGGGGAUGUGGUUGAACAAGCUCAGCCAGUGGGAUGCAGCGAUGCUGGAAGUUACUGUGGUAUCCGGGACAGAAAAUAUCCUGAUGCUCGUGCUAUGGGUUAUCCGUUCGAUCGCCGACCACGUGCCGGAGUUGAGAGCCUCCAGCAAUUUCUAACCCCUAACAUGGCUGUGAUUGAGAUAAGCGUUAGAUUCACUGAUUCCGUACUGCCACGGACACGAUCUGGCAGUGUUGAGAAUGCUCUGACUUUUGCCUGAGGGGUGAGAAGGGGGAGGUACAUUCAACUUUCGCUUAUGAUUAUCGCUGAUUUGUAAAGCUAAUUUUUCAAAAUUAUGAAUAAAGG